GAUUCUGGUUUCGUUGUGUUGAGUUUCUGGUUGACCUUUGUUUUUCAACGAGGAGGAGGAAAAUGGCGGUGCGAAGUGCUUUGAUUCUUCAGUUGACGAGUUUGACUCUGACGAUUCUUCUAUUGGCUGUCUCCGGCGAGUUUUUCAAGCCUUUCAAUGUGAGCUACGACCAUAGGGCUUUGAUCAUUGACGGAAAACGCCGCAUGCUUAUCUCCGCCGGUGUUCAUUAUCCUCGCGCUACUCCGGAGAUGUGGCCUAAUAUAAUUGAGAAGAGCAAGGAAGGUGGGGCGGAUGUCAUCCAAUCUUAUGUGUUUUGGAAUGGACAUGAACCAACGAAGGGACAGUAUAACUUUGAUGGGAGAUAUGACCUUGUCAAAUUUAUAAGGCUGGUAGGAUCCAGAGGCCUAUACCUUCAUUUACGCAUCGGACCAUACGUGUGUGCGGAGUGGAAUUUCGGGGGUUUUCCUUUGUGGCUGCGAGAUGUACCUGGAAUUGAAUUUCGAACAGACAAUGCUCCUUUCAAGGAGGAGAUGGAGCGGUUUGUCAAAAAGAUAGUGGAUCUUUUGCGCUUUGAAAAGUUAUUUAGUUGGCAAGGUGGUCCUGUCAUCAUGUUGCAGGUUGAAAAUGAAUAUGGAAACAUCGAAAGCUCAUUUGGAAAGAGAGGACAGAAAUAUAUCAAAUGGGCUGCGGAGAUGGCUCUAGGCCUUGGUGCUGGGGUUCCAUGGGUUAUGUGCCAGCAGAAGGAUGCUCCAACAACCAUUAUAAAUUCAUGUAAUGGUUACUAUUGUGACGGUUUUCAGCCAAAUUCUCCAAGCAAACCAAUAUUUUGGACAGAAAAUUGGGAUGGAUGGUUUACAUCAUGGGGCGAAAGAACACCUCACAGACCAGUCGAGGAUCUUGCAUUCUCUGUUGCACGCUUCUUCCAACGAAAAGGGAGCUUCCAGAAUUAUUAUAUGUAUUUUGGUGGAACAAAUUUUGGUCGUACGGCUGGAGGCCCAUUUUACAUUACUAGCUAUGAUUAUGACUCUCCAAUUGAUGAAUAUGGUUUGCUAAGGGAGCCCAAAUGGGGGCACUUGAAAGAUUUGCAUACUGCAUUAAAGCUCUGUGAACCUGCUUUGGUGUCUGCUGACUCGCCCCAGUAUAUUAAGUUGGGGUCCAAGCAGGAGGCACAUGUAUACCAUAUGAAUUCUCGAACUGACGAGCUCGAACGUUUGGAGCAUGGAAGUCUAAGAAGUUGUUCCGCAUUUCUUGCAAACAUCGAUGAACGUAAUGCAGCUUCUGUAAAAUUUAACGGGCGAACUUAUAACUUACCACCGUGGUCGGUUAGUAUUUUACCAGACUGCCAGAACGUAGUGUUCAACACCGCAAAGGUUACAGCUCAGACGUCCAUCAACUUAUUGGAGUUUUAUGCGCCCACACCCUUUUCUUCUAACAUCUCUUUAAAGCUACAUUCUAUGCGCCAGAAUGAACUUUCAACAAGUUUUAGUUCUUGGAUGACGGUAAAAGAACCCGUUGGCAUCUGGAGUGACAAAAGCUUCACUGUUAAGGGUAUACUGGAGCAUUUAAAUGUUACAAAGGAUAGUUCUGAUUACCUUUGGUAUUUCACCAGGAUACAUGUUUCCAGUGAUGAUAUAUCAUUUUGGAAAGAGAGCAAUGUUAGCCCAACAGUUACCAUCGAUAGUGUUCGGGAUGUGUUUCGUGUAUUAGUUAACGGGAAGAUCGCAGGCAGCGCAAUUGGUCAGUGGGUGAAGAUUGUCCAGCCUGUUCAAUUUGUCGAAGGAUACAAUGAUUUGCUGUUGUUAUCUGAGACAGUGGGUUUACAGAAUUCUGGUGCCUUCAUUGAGAAAGAUGGGGCAGGUAUCAGAGGCCGUAUAAAGCUCACUGGAUUAAAAAACGGGGAUAUUGAUCUCUCAGAGUCCUUAUGGACUUAUCAGGUCGGGUUGAAGGGUGAAUUCUUGAAAUUCUAUUCGUUAGAAGAAAACGAGAAGGCCGAUUGGACUGAUUUGUCUGUCGAUGCCGUUCCGUCUCCGUUCACGUGGUACAAGGCAUACUUCAGUUCGCCCGACGGGACCGACCCGGUCGCUAUCAAUCUAGGAAGCAUGGGAAAGGGACAGGCUUGGGUCAAUGGUCAUCAUAUAGGUAGAUACUGGACCGUGGUUGCCCCAAAAGAUGGCUGUCCCAAAAAAUGCGACUAUCGUGGUGCUUAUAAUUCAGGAAAGUGUGCUACAAAUUGCGGUCGGCCAACACAAAGCUGGUACCACGUUCCGCGAUCAUGGUUAAAGGAAUCGAGCAAUUUACUCGUCCUCUUCGAGGAAACUGGAGGAAAUCCGCUCGAGAUCGUCGUGAAGUUGUAUUCAACUGGAGUCAUCUGUGGUCAGGUCUCGGAGUCCAACUAUCCACCUCUAAGGAAGUUGUCUGCUGAUUAUACAUCUGAUGGAGAAAUUCUCUCGAGCGGAACGAACCCGGAAAUGUUCUUGCAUUGUGACGAUGGCCACGUGAUCUCCUCGAUCGAAUUUGCUAGCUAUGGAACUCCUCAAGGAAGUUGCAAGGAGUUCUCUAGAGGCCACUGUCAUUCAACCAAUUCUCUGUCUGUUGUUUCCGAGGCUUGUUUGGGUAAAAAUAGUUGCACGGUUGAAGUUUCAAAUUCUGCGUUUGGAGGUGAUCCAUGUCGUAGCAUUGUCAAGACACUCGCUGUUGAGGCUCGAUGUAGUUCGACAUCAGGUACUCGUUUAUCUGCUUGACAUGAAAAGCAGCUAACCCAAGCGAUGUAAUUGAGCUUCAUGGCCCCUCCAUUCUCUUUAUGUAAGUAUGUGUUUAUGCAUUUUCUAUCCUACCACUUCGGUAUAUACCUAACUCGUCGAUAUCAUCUUCGUUGUAAAUUUGUAAAAGAUCUCAAUGAAUUGAAUAAAAUGAGAACCAAAAGAAGAUCAACUGUCUCUUUUAUAUGUUUGAGAUUGAUUUGAGUCA